CCCCGGCCGCCUCCCAUGCACAGCAGGAAUGUGCAUUGCACCUGAACUGGAUCCUGCAUGAGGACGAAUGACUGCAACCCACCUGUUCCGGGACAGAAGUUUCCCCGACAGCAGGACUGAGGGGGGAGAAAAAAGAAAAAAGAAAAAUCGGUAUCCGGUCAUUUCACCAAUCUCCCGUCACCUGUGGCGCCGUUUAACCGAACGCAGGUCGUAAACCUGGACAACAAUGGAGGAGUGCUGCAUGUCUGCUGAGGACCUGGAGAGACUCAGGAUACACAGGGAAAUAGAGCGACAGCUGCGUCGGGAUAAAAGAGUCUCUCACCGGGAGCUGAAGUUGCUGCUUUUGGGGACUGGUGAAAGUGGGAAGAGCACUUUCAUCAAACAGAUGAGGAUCAUCCAUGGCAGCGGAUACAGUGAAGCUGACAGGAAAGGUUUCACUCGGCUUGUGUUUCAGAACAUCGUCAAAGCCAUCCAGACACUGAUCCACGCAAUGAAGACGCUACAGACUGACUACAUCGAUGACCAGAACAUUAGCCUCGCAGAGAAACUGAGGAAAGUGGAGGCAGGCCAAGUGUCCACUCUGGAGGCCUGGCAGGUGGACGCCAUUAGGAGAGUGUGGAAUGACAACGGUGUUCAAAGCUGCUACGACCGCAGGAGGGAAUUCCAGUUAUCUGACUCUGCCAAAUAUUACCUGAGUGACUUGGACAGAAUCACAGCCCCGUCUUACAUCCCGACCCUUCAGGACAUCUUGAGGGUCAGGGUCCCAACCACAGGCAUCAUAGAGUACCCCUUUGACCUCUCAAAAGUUAUCUUCAGGAUGGUGGAUGUGGGUGGUCAGCGUUCAGAGAGGAAGAAAUGGAUCCACUGUUUUGAGAAUGUCACCUCCAUCAUAUUCCUGGCGGCCCUCAGCGAGUACGAUCAAGUUCUUUAUGAGAAUGAGAAUGAUAAUCGACUGAAAGAGAGCCUCGCCUUGUUCAAGACCAUCCUCUCAUACCCUUGGUUCCGAGAGUCCUCCACCAUCCUCUUCCUGAACAAAACAGACCUGCUAAAGGAGAAAAUCUCACAGUCUCAUUUGGCAAUCUACUUCCCAGCCUACAAGGGGCCUCCAUGCGACGCUGAAUCUGCGAAAAAGUUCAUUUUGCAAAUGUACGUGGAGCAGCACAGCGGGCACCAGAAACCCCUUUACACACACUACACCUGCGCCACGGACACAGAGAACAUCCGGAUUGUCUUCAAGGCCGUCAAAGAUACCCUCUUCAGAGAGAACCUUGAAAAGUUCAACCUCGAAUAAGGGAGGUUGUAGGACGAAGUGAUCCCUUGGAACAAGAAAGCUGGUUACAGUCACAUGUUGUAAGACUUAUGGACAUUUUUAGUUAUGUGCUGUCGGCUCUCAGACAGCAGUGUCAGGUAAGGCAUGUUUAUCUCAGUACUGUAAAACAGACAGUAUGUGUCUUUGUCCAUUUUUUUUU